AUGGAGCUCAUGGUCGUUGCGUUGCGCGCCGACUCUGCUGCUGCUGACGACAUGGGGAAUGAGCCGGAUUUCGGCCCCUGUGAGGAGGUGCUGCCGCUACACCUGCCUCCCGCUGUGGAGGUGCAGCAAACCAGCCAAGCCCCACGCAAACAUCACGAAGCGGCUCCCAGCACCACCACAGCCGCCACCCACGGGGAUGCCCCGCAGCCACAUGAACCGCAACCGGCAACGAUGACCACAGCAGCGGGAACAGAUGAGCCGUACGAAUACAACAUGCCAGCACACCAGGCCGAGGACCCAAGGAGCAAGCAAGGCACAGCAGCUAGAGCAGCAGCGGAGGCCAGAGGGACAGUGGAGACCAGCACCGUCGCCAACAGGCGAAACAAUAACCUGGUGUGCCUCUACCGGGGGAAACGGACGGUGGGACAUGCGGGUCAUUAUGACCUCACCAGGGACCGCCCCUUUGUGGCACAAGGCACUUACCCACAAGUCCUGCUCGACCCGACCAACGCCGCCCGCCACGACCUUUACCUACCGGAAGGCGUGUCAAUGCUGGCUACACCACUCGGGGACUUUGCGAGCUGUGAUCGCCAAAAGUGGGACCUGACGACCUCCCUCCUCCCGAGAGCCUGGCUCAUCGAAGUGGACGAAGGGCCGUCCAGGGCACCCGGCAUGGAACAGCCCUUGCCAGACAGCAUAGACAUCAGAGGAGGGGACAGCUUCCUCAUAGUCUGGGACCAAGGGGACUGGACCCUUGUCGAGCGGACAGUCGGGGACCUGUUGUUCCGGGGCGUGCCCAAAGCCAGACCCCCGCUUGCACCACCGACACCCCCCAAUGGCGCCAACGACAGCGGGGACGACACAGAGCGCAGCUGGCCAAGUAGCGACGGCAGCGAAAGUGGGGGCCCGCCGGAGGAGGACGACAGACCACCACACCAACUACCGCCCAAGCAACAAGCGCACUACCACCACAGCAAGCGGGGACCCCACACACCCCUGCGCAAUCACGAGCAACCGCAGCCACAACCACCACAGUACCACAACCACCACUUCCGACCGGGACCCGCCGCUAAUACCCGGAGCGCAGCCUAUGACGAGAAAGGAGCGGGUAAGCCACAGCAAGCCAAGCAGCAGACCCACAACAACUCCCAGGCGAAAGACGACAGUACGCAUCCAACCGGUGACCCAUCCCUCACUGUCCUUAUGCAAACCAACUCACAGCUACAGGGCACGACCCGGCAC